GCGAUUCGGCACGACGCGCCGGGAACGCGGAACCAGAAACAAGACAGCAGGUCGGCCAGACUGCGAGCCGAGAGAAAGACAGACCACACAAAGUGCUGGCGAAAAACCUGCAAAUCUGAGCUGUGUGGUUUCUGAGGCGGUGUUUUCUUCUGCUGUGGACCGAGGGAAAUUUUAUUCAGGAGGACGAAGAGGAUCAGAAACGCUGUCCACCAUGUCGGGGAGCAGGGAGGAGGAGAGGAGGAAACUGGCCGACAUCAUCAACCACUGGAACGCCAACCGGCUCGACCUGUUCGAGAUCAGCAGGCCCACAGAGGAUCUGGAGUUCCAUGGCGUGAUGCGGUUCUACUUCCAGGACCGGGUUGCCGGUAACUUUGCCACCAAGUGCAUCAGAGUCUCCAGCACGGCGACAACACAGGAUGUCAUCGAGACAUUGGCCGAGAAGUUCAGACCUGACAUGAGGAUGCUGUCCUCACCAAAAUACUCCCUGUAUGAGGUGCACGUCAGUGGGGAAGAGCGUCAGCUGGACCUGGACGAGAAGCCUCUGGUUGUUCAGCUGAACUGGAACAAAGAUGACAGAGAAGGACGCUUUGUUCUGAAAAACGAGAACGACAUCCUGCCCAAGAAGAGCCAGAGUAAUGGUCCAGAGAAAGAGAAGGAUGGAGUUAUCCAGAACUUCAAAAGGACUCUGUCUAAGAAGGAAAAAAAGAAGGAGAAGAAGAGGGAGAAGGAGUUUGCCCGAAACCCUGAUGGAGACGAGCAGACGCUGAGUCGAGAGGACGGGGAGAACAGUCGUCUGGCGGCAGAGGUGUACAAAGACAUGCCGGAGACCAGCUUCACCAGGACCAUCUCAAACCCCGAGGUGGUGAUGAAGAGGAGGCGGCAGCAGAAACUGGAGAAACGCAUGCAGGAGUUCAGGAGCAGCGACGGGAGGCCCGACUCCGGGGGCACGCUGCGGAUCUAUGCCGACAGUCUGAAGCCCAACAUCCCCUAUAAGACCAUCCUGCUGUCCACUACAGACAUGGCCGACUUUGCUGUGGUGGAGGCGCUGGAGAAAUAUGGCCUGGAAAAGGAGAACCCCAGGGAGUACUGCAUUGCCCGGCAAGACGACAAGACAGGCAAGGAGGUGGUCCUGGACGAUGCUGAAUGCCCACUGCAGAUCUUCAGGGACUGGCCUGCUGACAGAGGUGCGCUGGUGUUCCAGCUGAAGAAAAGACCUCCCGACUACCAGGGGAGGAAAGGGAGAAAGGCGGAGGACAAAGCUCAGAGAGGGAAGGACGGCAUUAGCUCCCUGCCGCCCGAAAAACUGCCUUACCUGGUGGAGCUGAGCCCAGGGCGAGGGAAUCACUAUGCCUACUACGCCUAUCGGCACCAUGAAGAUGGGUCUGACUCGCGAGACAAACCAAAGCUUUACCGGCUGCAGCACAGCAUCACUGAGGUUGGCUCUGACUGCACAGAGGAUGGAGCCAUCCAGUUGCUCGGUCCAGGGAUCCUGCCCCACCACUGUAACCUGAUGCACAGCGACGGUCUGGUCACCGUGACACCCCGUGGCCCAGACGCCGACACCUUUGUGGACGGACAGCGCGUGACAGAGACGACGGUACUGCGCUCUGGCUCCACCCUCCAGUUUGGCUCCGCCCACGUCUUCAAGUUUGUGGACCCGGCGUUCGACCAGGGAGGGAAGAGAGAGCCGACGGCCAUGAUGAGGAGCCGCCACAAGUCAGGCAGCGUACCAGAAACCACCUUCGAUCUUCACGGAGACAUCCACAGUGGAGCUGCCCUGCCCACCAGCAAGAGCUCAGGGAAGCUGGAGAUGGAGAGAGGCAUGGUCAAACCCAUGAUCAGAGGAGAGCAGCAGGACGGCAGGUCUCAGGAUAGUUCAGCAGCAGAGUUGACUUUGCCAGCCAGCAUCGAGUUCAGAGACAACUCGGAGGAUGCCUUUCUGUCGGCCAUCAUCAACUACACCAACAGCUCCACGGUUCACUUUAAGCUGUCUCCCACCUACGUCCUGUACAUGGCCUGCCGCUUCGUGCUGGCGCCCACCUACCGCCCCGACAUGUCGCCAUCGGAGAGGACGCACAAGGUCAUCGCCAUCGUCAACAAGAUGGUGAGCAUGAUGGAAGGAGUCAUCCAGGAGAUUCCUGAAGGGGAUCAGAAGCAGAAGAACAUCGCAGGGGCGCUGGCGUUCUGGAUGGCCAACGCCUCGGAGCUGCUCAACUUCAUCAAGCAGGACCGAGACCUGAGUCGCGUCACGCUGGACGCCCAGGACAUCCUCGCCCAUCUUGUCCAGAUGGCUUUCAAGUACCUGGUCCACUGCCUCCAGGCUGAUCUCAACAACUACAUGCCUGCCUUCCUGGAUGACCCUGAGGAGCAUAACCCACAGAGACCCAAAAUAGAGGACGUCCUGCACACACUGACGGGGGCGAUGUCGCUGCUGCGGCGGUGUCGGGUCAACGCCGCCUUGACCAUCCAGCUGUUCUCUCAGCUCUUCCACUUCAUCAACAUGUGGCUGUUCAACAAGCUGGUGACAGAGGCGGACUCAGGGCUGUGCUGCCACUACUGGGGGGCCAUCCUCCGCCAGCAGCUCAGUCACAUCGAGGCCUGGGCUGAGAAACAGGGCCUGGAGCUGGCUGCCGACUGCCACCUAAGCCGCAUCGUACAGGCCACCACCCUGCUGACCAUGGACAAAUACUCCAUGCAGGACGUCCAGAACAUCCAUAACACCUGCUUUAAGCUCAAUUCCCUGCAGCUCCAUGCCCUCAUGACCAACUACCACUGUGCUCCCGACGAGCCUUAUAUUCCGCCUGAGCUAAUAGACCAUGUGGUGGCAGUGGCGGAGAACACAGCAGAUGAGCUGGCGAGGAGUGACGGUAGGGAGGUUCAGCUGGAGGAGGAUCCUGACCUCCAACUCCCCUUUCUCCUGCCUGAGGAUGGCUACUCCUGCGACGUGGUGCGCAGCCUCCCCAAUGGCCUGCAGGACUUCCUGGAGCCGCUGCUGCAGAGAGGUUUUUGUCGGCUAACACCCCAUCCCCGUUCGCCUGGCACCUGGACCGUCCACUUUGAAGGAGCUGACUGUGACAGCCACUUUUCUGCUGCUGAUAACUCUGAGAUGCCAAUGAGGAAAGAGCCGGAGGUUGUCACGGUAACCCUGAAGAAGCACAAUGGCAUGGGGCUGAGCAUCGUGGCCGCCAAGGGUGCUGGUCAGGAAAAACUGGGCAUCUACAUCAAAUCUGUUGUCAAAGGAGGAGCGGCUGACAUGGACGGUCGUCUGGCAGCAGGUGACCAGUUGCUGAGCGUGGAUGGCCGCAGUCUGGUCGGCCUGUCACAGGAGAGGGCGGCAGAGCUGAUGACGAGGACGGGAUCAGUGGUGACCUUAGAGGUGGCCAAGCAGGGAGCCAUUUACCAUGGCCUGGCUACUCUCCUCAACCAGCCCAGCCCCAUGAUGCCUAGAGCAUCAGACAGAGGCCGUGAGAAGAAUGGGAAGAUGCGACCAAAGAGUGAAGGCUUUGAGUUGUACAACAGCUCGGUGCAGAACGGCUCUCCAGAGAGCCCGCAGGCCGGCUGGGAUUCCUACCCCGAACCAAAGAAGAUGAGCGGUGAAGAGCGGCUUCUCAAGAACCGAGCCGACCACCGCUCCAGCCCCAACGUAGCGAAUCAAGGCCAGAGUCCCGGUGGCAAGGCGGUCUACCCCGGAGGACCAGGCACUAAGAUCACGUCCGUCUCCACCGGCAACCUCUGUGCCGACGAAGAGCCUUCACCUCCCCGUCCAGAGGCCUACCCCAUCCCCACCCAGACCUACCCCAGGGAGUACUUCACCAUCCCAGCCUCCAAGAGCCAAGACCGGGUGGUGGGCCCAGGGCAGGGACCUUCACAGCACUGGCAGGCCAUGGAGGACAGAGAGCGCCUCCCUGUGGUUGAUAACCUCCACAACAACAGUAUGCAGCGGGUCACCCACUCCCAGGAGGACCUGUAUCCUCCACCAGGAGGUCUACGGCCAGAAGAGCUAGUUCAGCAGCACUAUCAACAGGACUACCAGCACCGGGACCUGGACUACCAGCACCGAGACCUGGACUACCAGCACCGGGACCUGGACUACCAGAGAGGUCCAACAGGAGGUGUCGGUGGAGCUGACCACUGGACUGGCCAGCAGCAGGUCUCGUCCUCGUUGGAGUCAUCUACUUCCAGCCAGGAGCACCUCAACUUCUCUGCCUCCUCCUCCUCCUCCAACAAGACCCAGAAUCAGAAGACUGGGCCGGGCCGCUGGAAAACACCCAACACCCCACAUGCUGUGCCUCCCCACUCCGCCCAGCCACCCUCCCGCUCCGACCUGCCCCCGCCUCCCCCCCCACCACCAGCGCCCUACCCCGACCCUUACGAUCCCUAUGACCCGCAGCCCGACCUCCCUCUCCCGCCGCCGCCUGCUGUCACCGGGGUCAUGGCCCAGCAGGCGGCUGACCGCAAGAAGCGCGAGGAGCAGCAGCGCUGGUACGAGAAGGAGAAGGCUCGCCUGGAGGAAGAGAGGGAGAGGAAGAGGAGGGAGCAGGAGAGGAAACUGGGUCAGAUCCGGGCCAACCCCGUCAUGCCUGUCCCACCUCACAACAACGGCGGAGCCAUGCCUCCUCCGCACCAUCAGCCCUCUGCAGCGUCAGUGGCCACGCCCCAGCCCUACCUCCCCCCGCACCCCCAGGCCCAGCCGCCCCCAUCCAGGCCGGAGAAGCUGGCCAGCCUUCCUCGCUCCGCCGUGCCUCCCCCAGCCAGCGGCCCCAACCCCGGCAUGGAUACAGUGAUCAGGGAGCUGCUACCCCAGCAGCAGCCACGGACCAUCGAGAGGCGGGACCUGCAGUACAUCACCAUCAGUAAGGAGGAGCUGUCGUCCAGCGAUAGCCUGUCUCCAGACCCCUGGAAGAGGGAUGCCCGGGAGAAAGCCGAGAAACAGCAACAGCUUCACAUUGUCGACCUGCUGGAUAAGGAGAUCCAGGAGCUCCAGGCAAAGCCGGAGAGAACAGCAGAGGAAAGCGACCGCCUCCGGAAGCUGAUGCUGGAGUGGCAGUUCCAGAAACGACUGCAGGAGUCCAAGCAGAGCGAUGAGGAUGAGGAGGAGGAGGACGAUGAAGAUGUGGACACCAUGAUGAUCAUGCAGAGGCUGGAGGCUGAGAACAGAGCCAGGCAGCAGACUGCUGUCCCAGCUAUCUCUGUUCUAGACUUGUUGCAGGACGAGGACCGACGGCGCAAGCAGCAGCUGGAGGAGAUGCAUAAGCGGGAGGCAGAGGAGCGAGCCAAGCAGGAGGAGGAGAGGAGGUGGAGGGAGGAGGAAAGAGCCAGACGAGAGGCCGAGGAGAAGAGGAGACAGGAGGAGGAGUACUACACCCGCCUGGAGGCCGAGCGGCGCCGGCAGCAUGAGGAGGCAGAGAGAAAGCUGCUGACGCCGGACGAGCCGGCCGGUCUGUACCGGCCCCCACUGCCCCGGGAAUACCAACCCCCCGCCCCCCCUACCAACCCCACUAACACCCCCCCGUCCCCCCCGCAGAGAAACACCUCCUACCUCAAAACCCAGGUCGUCUCCCCCGACACACUCUACACCGCCAAGUUUGUCUCCUACACGGGCGAGGGGGAAGAGGAGGAGGAAGGGGAGGAAGUCACCAAAGCAGGGAGUGGCGGCGGCCAAUCAGGUCAGGUGAAGCUUUCGGCGACCAGGAAGUCGUACGGCGACCUCCCGGCCGCCGCUUCGCCCAAUCGCAGCAAGCCUCUGCCGCCGCCCACUGCGCGCAAGCCCCGCCCUCUUUCUGAUGGCAUCUUCCUGUCUGGCUUGUACCAGCCGCCAGUCAACAACUCCAACAGUACAGCCCCCCCCCCUCCUGCCAAACCCAGCUCCAUCCCCCCAGGAGGCUCUAAAGGACUUAACUCGUACACUGGAAACUCAGCAGGAGUUGUAGGAUCAGGAGAAGUCUACAAGGACCCGCGAGACAAAUGGACAAAAAGUCAGGAGCAGGAGAACUCGAUCCCCAGCGGAGCUCCGGAGAGUUUGACCUUCAAGGAGCGCCAGCGUCUCUUCUCUCAGGGGAAGGAGGUUUCCAACAAGGUCAAGGCUUCACGCAAACUCAUGGAGCUGGAGAACGAGCUCAACACCAAGCAGUAGAGCGCAGCCUUUCACUUUCCCAGCACCACCUUAACACUAACACCAGCACCUCCGUGUUAACGUUAAGAUGCUCCCGGGAAGACCGAGUCGAGGGAGCCGGCGUUCACUUCCCCACCGCUGACCAUCUCCUCCUCUUUGUGUUAUUUUCCCUCAAAACAAGUUUUGUUUUUUUAAAUCAUUCAAUAACUGGACCAUUCACAUAAGACAUAGAUGUAUCUUUGCAAUAGGAGAGACAUUUAUGGCUUAAUUUUUUUCCCCUCUUUAAGAUUUAUCAAAGAUAUAUAAUGGUAAAGCACUGUAAAAAUGUUUUAAUUAUAUCUAGUAAUAUGAAAAUUUGAGAAUCACAUGACGAAGGGGGAUUUAUUUUUGUUUGUAAAAUGGUUCUCGGGUUAGGGAUGGAAAGUUUUUUUGCUCAUUUUAUUUUUUUUAAAUAGCUUAAUGAAAUACAACAUUUUAUGGUGUUAUUUUAUGCUCUUUUUCAGCAUCACGUUUUCACACUUAAUUUCUUCUUGUCAACAGAAAUGCCCAAGGUUGCAACAAGUGUUUUUUUUUCUUUUUCUUUUUUUAUUUAAAAUUUCAGUGAGUGAAAGCACUGUUAUUUCAUUCCGUAGCAAGCGGGGUUUUUUAUUUUUAGUUUUUGUCGUUAUUUUGGAUAAACUCUGGAGGAUUCUCCAGAGGAUGAUCUUAAGUGCACAACAUUACUGUAAAUAUCUGGGUCCACGACUGUCUCACUCUUUACUACUGUAGAAACCCGCCUGGAAAAUGAAAACCGCAGAACUAAUGUGAUGAAAGCAUUUGACGGCAAGAGCUCCAACUGGGCAUUUUUCGACAUUUUCAGUGGAACCGAGUAAGAAGACCUGACAAAUUGGACUGUCUUCCAGCUGGUUCUCACUGUCUGUGGAGUUAAAAGUAUUUUAAAUGUUUCUCCCCCCAAUUAACUCUUUUAUUGCAUUUCUCUUUUGUUUGAAUUGAAUAGACAUUUUCUUUGCAGAGUUGUGUGAGACUAAUUUGACCGAUUGUACACUACAUUUAAGGCAGAAAAAGAAACUUCGUCACUUAAAACGGUAAUAAACUUCAGUGUUGGUUUUCACAAUUUAAAAAAAAAAAACAGAAGAAAAGUCAAACGACUCUUAAGUCCUUGUUCGCAUUGCAGAUAUUUAUUUCAAACCUUGUGGAAAACCAUUCUUGCACAAAUUUUGUUUUUAAUACUAAAUAUGUAUCAGCAAACUGUUGUAAGAAAUGGACUACAUUUGAGACCCCUUGUACUGUGGUAAUCUGUAUUUUAUUAACACUAGAGGGAAAUGUAUUCCAUCUUUACGUCAGCAGUAGUGGGUUCCAGAGGUUUCUUUGGACUGGGACUAGGAUUAUAGAAAACUGACUACAGAAAUAAAGGUUAUAUUUCUAUAAUCACAUUCCCUAGCACAGCUACUGGUGUACAAAAGGCAUACACUUCAAACACACUAAGAAAAAAUCUUUUUCAAAUGUAAUGCUUUUCUGCAGUUUGUUUGAGUGACUCCAUCCUGUGUGUGAAUAUCCUUUUCUUUCAGGAGCCUCCAUUAAAACUCUGAUUCUACAUAACGAGAUAAGAUGCUGUUAUAACUGACUUGUACAAACACUACAGACACGCUCCCUCUCCCCACAAACUCCUUUUUAGGUUUCAAAAUGAACUGAAUCAUUUAAAUGGUUUCAUGUUUAGCCUUUUGUAAAUCAUUAAUAAAUACAGAUUUUUCAACAGUG